AGGUUCCGUCUUCCUACAUAAAUGCAACAUUUUGUAUGUUUAUGAAAUGCAAAAUAGUUUACAAGUGGUUUGACCGCGCAGGUCGCCAGGAAGGCUUGCUUUGAAAUAAAUCGCCACACACCUCCCAAGCCGCCCCUCUCUGUUCUGCGUCACAUGCGGCGCAUCCUCACAGAAACCGAGCGGAACCACUUCUAUUCUGACCUGGAUUACGGAACGCUCAGCUGAGCGGAGAAGACACGACCGCAGCAUCCCUGUAUUCUUAGCGUGAACGUCUGCCCAACUAUCCGCCCACGCUCAUGUGUCACGCAGAGCUCGAUAGAAGAUAAAGCAGGCAUGGAUGUUCUGCCUUGACCACGUCCGGAUGGAGUCAGGAGAACAAGGCUGAAGCGGAGCCGCUGCGCUGGACGAACAGCGGUAGACUUCAGUGAUCCGAGAACCCUGGGUUUCAUCUUCAUCAUCUUCCUCACUGCCGGAGACAGGGGACCAACUCCCUGCUGAGACUCUCCUAUUCCAUGGAUCUGGUACACGCAGGUUAGGGAAGGGCGUGGCGCAGUGGUUCUCAGUUCACAGCUCAAGUGCAACUUUGAUAAAGCUGAUGGAUCUAAAGAGAGUGCUGUCCUUCCCUCCAUACCCUAGGGAAUAUCUACAUCCUGUGGUGUAUGCCUGUACUGCCGUCAUGCUGCUGUGUUUACUUGUCUCCAUCGUGACUUACAUUGUACACCACAGUGUCAUCCGCAUCAGCAGGAAGGGCUGGCACACCCUCCUCAAUUUCCUCUUUCACACAGGCCUGACAUUUGGGGUGUUUGCUGGAGGCAUCAAUCAGAUCCACUUUCCUUUGGUUUGUCAGAUUGUCGGCAUUGUACUCCAUUAUGCUUCAUUAUCCACCAUGAUGUGGCUGGCAUUUACUGCAAGAAACAUUUGUAAAGAUGUGUGCAAAGAGCCACUUCACGCCCAGGGCAGGAGUGGUCCAGUCCAGAAAGGUUCCAAACCAAACAUCCUGAGAUUUUAUCUUGUGAGCGAUGGAGUACCUCUGAUAGUUGUAGUCAUUACGGCUGUGUUUGGCAUGGAUAACUAUGGCAGCAGAGACGGAGCAUUAUACUGCUGGAUGGCAUGGGAACCUAGUCUGGGAGGCUUUUAUGCACCAGUAGGUCUUCUGGUCUUAGUCAUGUCUUUGUACUUGUUGAUUACCUACAUCCAGCUGAAGCGCCACCCAGAGAGAAAGUAUGAACUGCGCCUUCUAAGAGAGGAUCAGCAGAUGUUGUCGUCCAGUGAGUCAAACCAUCAUUCUCAAAGUGGCAGUGGUGGAGCUUCAGUGUCUGCUGGAGACUGUCUGCCAUUUUCUACUGGUGCAUCUGUACUGGCUAAUGAACACUCUUUUAAAUCCCAACUACGCGCCACCAUCUUCACACUGUUUUUGUUCCUGGCAACCUGGGCUUUAGGAGCAUUGGCCGUAUCACAGGGACAUUUUCUGGAUAUGAUUUUCAGCUGCCUCUAUGGGGCUUUUUGUGUCACUCUGGGCCUCUUCCUUCUCAUCCAGCAUUGUGCCAAACGGGAUGAUGUGUGGAAUCGUUGGUGGGUUUGUUGCCCAUCUAAAUCAAAGAUAGAAAAUGUAAAUACUGAUGGACAGAGUCAGAUGCAACAACUCCAUCAACCACACUGCCACUUGAGCUCUCCGUGUUCAGGCAAGCAACCACUGCUUUCAUCGCACCUCUUACAGGGUUCUUCAGACAAAAUGACACCACCUCCUCCUCAAAGCCCAACUCCAAGUAACACAGGUCCAUGUUGUGUGGCUGUAAUGAGUCCAGCAUCCCCUAUCCCAUCUCUCAUUGAGCCAGAGUUCUCACCACGUCCUCAUUCACUUCCAGAUGAGCUCCCUCGGCCAACUCUUCCCCUACAGAGAUGCCUUACUGAGAGAGCAAAGUCACGCUCCUUCAACCGCCCACGACCAUGCCUCCAAGACUACCGCUCAAAUAUGGCUUCACUGAGUAUGGAUGGAAGUGUGCACAGCUCCCACAGGGACAGCUCUCAGCCUGCACAGCAUCUAGAAGGAACACCGUUAGUUUCCAACAGCCCACUUCCAGAUCAUCAGCUUCUUUGUCCUAGUCCCCACUUGGAUAAGCAGAUGGCUCCCUGCCACACCUUUCAACGCCAAAUCUCCUGCCAGAGUAUACAAGACCCAGUGACUUCCUGUCACGGCCAUGUUCACAACAUGCAUGACAGCAUAACUUCCUAUCACAGCCUCCUCCUGCCUUCUCAAGGGGUCCAUUCUUGCCAGUGGCAUAUGUAUGGUUCAGCUACUCCCUCUGCUAAUGCAACCUGCUGUGAAAAACUUGAUUCAUUUGCCUUGCAAUGUGAGCAAGACCCCAAAACAUACAGCUGCACAUUAAAGACAGAAGAUGAAGACACAGAGAUCCAUUCUUUGGACAUAGAGCAGAGAGGCUUUCCAAGGAAUACUCUGCCUCGACAGCAUUCCAAAGUUAGCCGCCGAGGAGUCAUUGGUCGAAACAGAAGUUUGCAAGAAGAUGGCCUGUUUGGCUCAGAUGCUACAGGAAAUAUUCGGACUGGCCCUUGGAAGAAUGAAACCACAGUUUAGAUGGGAUGUCAGUUUAGCCUUCCAAUAACUCUGUCUUUAUAGAUGACUUGUAUGUGGUUUGGUUUUUAUGCUGUACCCUAAAAUAACCUCAAUGAGUCCUUACAUAAUUUAGGACUACAUUAAGUUGUGAAAUAAAUAUUUUUUAGUUAUAUUUGAUUAUCAACUUAGUUUAACUACAGGUGAAUCCACAUAAUGCUUUAAAUCUGCAAGGAAUAUUUCAUGAAUAUUCACGGGCAUAGUGGUUCUUUAAUUAGAAAUGUGAGUGAAAAGAAAGGGGCCAAGAGUUUAAACCACAUCAAUUCUACUUAGAUGUUUCAUGUUAAUUUCUAUAAAUUGUUUUAUAUUAAUCUAAAAUGUUUGUAUCUAGAAAAAUUAAGAUACCAGCACUCACUGAACUUGGCAUAGGAACACAGACCAGGUACAAAAUAUGACUAGAGCCCCUGAUUUUCUUGAAAAGAGGACUUGGCCUCUUGACUUCAUAUGCAUGAAAAAGCUUCCAAUAACUCUUUUUAGAUACAAUUGUCUCAAAGAAUCAAACCCCUCCCAACCAGAAUAGCAGGGAUCUCCCUCGAACUGCUCAGUGUCUAAGAUACAUACUCUGGGUAUGGGUGCUAAUGCAAAAGAAUUUUGAAAAUUUUCUUUCCUGCCUUUGGCUCUGUAGAAAUGACAAUGUAUUAUGUAAAAUUGUCUCGUUUUAGCUUUGUAUCAUGUUAUUCCUGUGAUGGACUGGUGACCUGUCCAGGGUGGCCCCACCUCUCGCCCGUUGAUCGUGGGAGAUGGACACCA